AGCGUAAAAGAAACAAUCUUCUUUGUUGCUUCUUAAAAUAAUCACCCUAUGCUAAGGAAAAGAUAAAAAAAUUUUGGUCUUGUUAAGAGCCAAACAACAAUCGCUUGGGUGGCAACAAAAAUUCCACAAGUAAAACAAAGAAACCAGGACAUUUUGCCCCUUUGACAAUAAUCAUUUCAUUGCAUCAAUAGAAAUUGUGAUAACACAGUUUAAUUUAAAAAUAUAGAUUGAUAGAGAAUGAUGGUUAUUGUCAGAGAUGAGCAAAUGCCUCACGGCUCGGUUGCCUUCAUUUUUUAGAGGCAAUUUAUCCUUCCUUGUUGGGUACUCUGUUUUGCGUCAUCUACCUUCCCUAAACUAACCAUAAUUUCUUUAUUUCCACUUGUAGUAUAUAAAAGCCUCGAAACGUCAGAGUUCAAGUUUAUUCAAAAGUUUGAAUUGGAUAUGAAUGAUGGGUUUCUAUUCUACAAUCCGAAACGAGCCCCAGACAGACAAGGGUUCGACGUUCUGAACUACUGUGUCUGUUGAAAGUAAUUGGUUCUGUAAUUUCUUCCCGUGGCAUAGACAAUUGGGUGUCAUAAAGCAGUGGCUGAGUAAUGGAGGGAAGUGAAAUAAUUGAGGCUCAAAAAGUACUUGGGUUGCCUCCACCACUGUCUUUAACUGUUGGGAUGGCUAUCAAUGGAAAAACCAAAAGCAAACAUGUUGUGAAAUGGGCAUUGGAAAAGUUCAUUCAAGAGGAAAAGGUUUUGUUCAAGUUGUUGCAUGUUUGCCCCAAGAUUACUAGUGUCCCUACGCCAAUGGGAAAUUUGAUUCCUAUAUCACAAGUACGAGAGGAUGUAGCAGCAGCUUAUAAGAAGGAAAAGGAAUGGCAGGCAAAUCAAAUGCUUCUUCCUUAUAAAAACAUGUGUACUCAGAGAAAGGUGCAAGUAGAUGUUAUCGUGAUUGAAUCAGAUGAUGUGGCUAAUGCAAUAGCAGAGGAAGUUGCUAAGUGCACUAUCAAGAAGCUUGUUAUUGGAGCUUCUUCUCGUGGCAUGUUUACAAGAAUGCCUAUGGAUACAAGAAGAUGAAGGAACAUAGAGCUGUUUACUUUUUGUGGUAAUUGUGGAGAACAGAAAUACUGCAAGAUGAAAGAACACUGACCAUAAUCAUAUCAUAGUUCUUUUGCUGUGGAUUCUCAUUUUCAAGA